AGAGUAAACAGCAACGACGACCACACGGCGGUCGUUUGGCGCGAAGUUCUUUUAUAGCACGCGCGCGAAUGUGAUCGCGUGUGAUUCCAACAGACGGAUUGUUUGUCUAAGAAUCUAAGUGAGGAUUAAGUUCCAGUGAAUAGUUAUUUGUGCAAAUUGAAGAAUUUUGUGAUAACUUAUUAAGACCAGUCAGUGUACUGAAAGUGGAGUUCUAGCAGACGUACUGGAAGAGAAGAAGGUGGUAGCCGAAAGAAAAACGGGAUUUCCGGAGAAGAACAAUAGUGUUCUGUAGGGGGAAAAGUGGUCACAGAAACAGUGAUUUCGUACACAAGGAUAUAUCAUUCGUGUUUUAAAACGGAAACUCAUUCCAGUCGAUAGAUCACAUCCCGCCCCUGCACACACCACGUUCGAUCUCGUGGUUGAUUCGUUCGGUUAAAAAAUCGACUAAAAGCGAAAGUACUCGUACCAAACCGCGCCGGUAGCAUCCCACAAUAUGGAGGACGAUUCGCUCAAGAAGGACCUGCGGAAGGAUUCCCUGUCGAAAAACAGCAUCAAAAGCGGUGGCGGCGGCGAUGGGGAAAUCACCCUUAAACCGAAGAUGACCCUGCUGAAUGGCGUGACGGUCAUUGUCGGGUCCAUCAUCGGGUCCGGUAUCUUCGUGUCGCCGGCGGGGGUUCUCCUCAAUACCGGCAGUGUCAACAUGUCGUUGAUCGUUUGGGUUCUGUCCGGGCUGUUUUCGAUGGUUGGAGCGUACUGCUACGCCGAGCUGGGAACGAUGAUCAAGAAAUCCGGUGCCGAUUAUGCCUACAUCAUGGAAACCUUCGGCCCAUUCCUGGCGUUCAUCCGUCUGUGGAUCGAGUGCAUGAUCGUCCGGCCCUGCUCGCAGGCCAUCGUAGCCCUGACCUUCAGCGUGUACGUCCUGAAGCCGUUCUUCCCCGAGUGUCAACCACCGGACGAUGCCGCCCGGCUGCUGGCCGUCUGCUGUAUCUUGGUCCUAACGUUCAUCAACUGUUGGGAUGUGAAGUGGGCUACCGCCGUGCAGGACAUCUUCACCUACGCCAAACUGUUGGCCCUGUUCAUCAUCAUUGGCGCCGGAGCGUACUUUUUGUUCAAAGGCAACACCGCGCACUUUACAUUCGAUAACACGAAAACCGAGGUCACAUCACUGGCGCUGUCCUUCUACUCCGGCCUGUUCGCCUACAAUGGAUGGAAUUAUCUGAACUUUAUCAUCGAAGAGCUGAAGGAUCCGGUCAAGAACCUACCGCGUGCGAUUGCCAUUUCCUGCACGCUGGUCACGGUGGUGUACGUUUUUACCAAUGUGUCGUUCUAUACGGUGCUGUCGCCGGAGGAGGUGCUGGGUUCGCAGGCCGUUGCCGUCACCUUUGCCGAUCGGGUGUUUGGGAUUUUCGCGUGGACCAUUCCGGUUUUCGUGGCCCUGUCGACCUUCGGUGCCGUCAAUGGCAUUCUGCUGACGUCAUCGCGCCUGUUCUACGCUGGUGCCUGCGAAGGUCAAAUGCCGGAGAUUCUCACCAUGAUUCAGAUCCAGCGCCUCACGCCGACCCCGGCCGUACUCAUCAUGGCCCUGCUAUCGAUGGUCUACCUGACCGUGUCGGACAUCUUUGCGCUUAUCAACUACGUCGGUUUUGCCACUUGGCUGAGCAUCGGUGUGGCCGUCCUGUGCCUACCGUGGCUUCGGUGGGCCCAACCGAAUCUGGAGCGCCCGAUCAGGGUGAAUCUGCUCUUCCCGAUCUUCUACCUGAUCGCAACGGUGUUCGUUACGGUCGUUCCGAUGAUCGCUAGCCCGGUGGAAACCGGCUAUGGUUUGCUGAUGAUCCUGACCAGUAUUCCCGUCUACUUCAUCUUCAUUGCGUGGCGAAACAAACCCAAGUGGUUCAAUCACUCGAUGGUUGGCAGCACCCGAUUCCUGCAGAAAAUGCUCAUGGUCGUAGGCAAGGCCAAACCAGCUCAGGUUUAAAUAGAAAAAAAGGAACAACAACAGCAAAAAUAGUGAGGACACAAUACCUCUCCACAAGCAGACAUCAUUCCGCAUCUCAAUCGUCUCGCAUCAAAUUAAUCGACAAACAUAAACCAUACACUUCCAUUUAGAUGGCAUUCAGACGAUAGAUCGACGACACAUUCCGGAAGAAUCAUUCAUUGCUUUUUCAACGCAGUCAACAUUGAGUUCAUUGAGGAAAUGAGCGCGGACGAAGUUAAUAGACAGGAUUUGAUUUGUUAUAAGAAAAGCAGCGAUUGAGGGUAAAACUUCCGUUAGUAGGAGAACUAUGUGACAAACAUACAUUCCUGUUGUAUAGUUAUUUUUUUUAAAUGUUAAUUGACUGAGUCAGACAUUUUAGGUUGUAUGAGAGGAGAUAAGUUUUCCAGAACUUCCCAGAAGGCUGUUUGUUUUCAAUGUUUUGUUGAUCAAUUCAUCAUCACGUCCCACGUGGAAGGCAUUUUCCUUUUUAAUAGUGACCCAUACUGUACAAGUAUUUGUGUUUAUCUUUAAUGUUAGGAUGCUCUACGUUCCUGAUAAAAUUAUUUAAUUUGUUAAAAACUUAAUUUAAGUAUGACGACAAUAUGGAAACAAAGCAAAGCUCAAAGCUAAAUAAAUCCAGUUGGAAACGAAUAUUUUGAUUUCAUUCCCGUAAAACGAUUGAGUUCAAGGCUGAACAAAAAAAAAGAACGUGACAAACGCGCCGGUUAUAUAAUUAGGAUAGAGAACAUAUCACGAAGAAAAAGAAAACGAAAAAUUGAAUCUCAGAUGUAUUAAUUAGCACCAUAUCGCACCAUAUGCCAUAGUUAUAUCCAAAUUGAUCUUAUUUUCGGUUAGAAUUUAUUGGUAAACUUUCGUUCCAAAACCUCCCGAGUAUUGAGCAGCAUCCCAGUUGCCAGCUUUACUGGAGAGAAAUGAAAACCGUGUGCUUCGAUUGUAAAAUCAGUCAAACGCGUUCAAAUUAUUACAUGUGUAAAGUAUAACCAAAUACCCGUUCCAUCAUUAUUCUGUAAUCAUAUGCAUUAAUGGGAAAAUGUUUUAAAUGUGUUUUAUGCAAUGUCCUGAUUAGGAGAAAAUUGGUGUUCCACGGAACGAUUGAUUAGGAGAAGAGAAGCAAGUCCACACCGGUGCGACUGAUACUAAAGAGGGUUAAACUUGUUGACAAUAAUCUAAAGUUUAGUGUUUAGAAAAUUUUUAAUGUACACGCCAAAACCUACCAUUAUACAUCGCAUUUAACAGAACCAACAAACA